AUGACCGGAACCAACAUGACCCCCCAUGCCGCAGCAACACUUCGCAUAUGGAAAGAACUGCAGGAAUUGAAGGGCCAAACCAAGACAAUUGUCCUAGAUGGAAACAACCUUGAUAUUGCGUCCAUCAUUGCAGUUGCCCGCCAUGGCAUCAAGCCUACGAUCAGUACGGACGAACAUCUCGCUCACCGACUUGACCUCAGCGUCAAAACCCUCGAAAAUUAUCUCGCACACGAAUACGUGGUAUAUGGGGUGAACACUGGUUUCGGAGGGAGCGCCGACACCAGGACUAGUGAUGUCCUUGAUCUACAGAUCCAUCUUCUGCAGCAUACCCAGAGCGCGAUCAUCACCGCAGCGGACAAAGACCCGGCCAGCAAUUCGGAACGCGAGCCCUCCCACGUCAUGCCCCCCGCCUGGGUUCGCGGUGCAAUAGUCGCCCGAGCUAACCAGAACCUCCGAGGCCAUAGUGCAGUGCGAUUGAGCGUGCUCCAGAGCUUGGUGGAUUUGUUGCAUCACGGAAUAACCCCUAUGGUCCCGCUCAGAGGAACGAUAUCUGCAUCUGGAGAUCUGAUGCCCAUGUCUUAUAUCGCUGGAGCCGUUGCGGGCAAUCCGGAUGUUUUCGUGCAGGUCGGCAAAGGCAAAGAUGCCAGAAUUAUACCUGCGUCGGAAGCUUUGAAAGAGAGUGGGCUAUCACCUUCUGGACUAGGCCCCAAAGAAGCGCUCGGUCUCAUCAAUGGCACUGCUCCUUCUGUAGCUGUGGCCAGUUUGGUACUCUACGACGCGCAACAACUUGCACUGCUCGCCCAGAUGCUCACGGCAUUUGCGGCAGAGUGCAUGGGUGGAAAUGUUGAAUGGGCGCAGCCUUUUAUUCACGCUAUACGCCCACACACUGGUCAGAUCGAGGCAGCUAGCAACAUCCGUCGGUUCUUGAACGGCUCCAAGUUCGUCGAUGGUCUGGAGUCGAGGAAAAGAACCGGGGAAGGGCUUUGGCAGGAUCGGUACUCCACACGAACCGCCCCACAGUGGAUCGGGCCGUACCUAGAGGACCUCCUUCUCGCCCAACAUCAGCUCGAGGUCGAACUCAAUUCUACAUCCGACAAUCCCCUCAUAAAUCCUACAGAACAAGGUGAUGGAGAGGUUUACUCGGGCGGAAACUUCCAGGCUGUCGUCAUCACUUCUGCUAUGGACAAGACACGCCUGGCUCUUCAAAUGAUCGGCCGUAUGCUUUGGUCACAAGUCACAGAGAUCAUCGCUCCGAAUACAAACAAUGGCCUCGAGGCUAAUCUCAACUCAAGCGAUCACGAGAACUACACCAUGAAAGGUAUCGAUGUCAACAUGUCGGCUUACAUGUCUGAACUGGCAGCUUUGGCGCAUCCUGUUUCUGCUCACGUCAUGUCUGCCGAGAUGCAUAACCAGGGUAUAAACUCGCUGGCUCUGAUUUCAGCCCGGCGUACCAUGGAAGCCGCAGACUUGGUCGCGCACAUGAGUGCUUGUCAUAUCUACGUGUCGUGUCAGGCUGUUGAAAUGCGCGCAAACCAUGUCCGGUUUCUUUCCGCAUUCCACGAUCGAUUGAAGAGCCUCGCACCAGAUGGAGCGAUGUUUGAUCUGGGCUUAGAUGGGUGUCAAAUCGAGAAUCUUGCCCAUUCUCUGCGUCCUUUAAUCGAGUCAACAUGGUAUCAUUGGAAUUCCAACACCUGGAAAGAUCGUAUUCCACACGUUGUCGAUGCUGUGGUGUCGCCUGUCACUGAUUUCCUGGUCAACAACGAACAUGAUUGUUCAGUGUCGAUGCUUGCUGCUUUCAAAAAGCGAUUUCAAACAAUCCUUCAAGAGAAAGCCGAUGCCCUGUUUUAUCCCAGUCCGACGAUUGCCCCUGCAGAGGUGGCUACCCAGCUGGGUGACGGAUCCGCUCAACUAUAUACUUGGGUCCGUUCGAAGCUCAAUAUACCCUUGCACUGCGGUCUCAAAGAUGAUCCAUUGUAUAACGCCAGACAAGGCCUUCCUACGGAUGACAAGAAAACAAUUGGUAGUAGAGUGAGUGGUAUUUAUGAAAGCCUGAUGCGCGGUGAGAUGAUGGAUAUGGUUCUGAGUGCUUUGGAUGCCGGUCGGAGCCAUCCUGAUGUGUGCUUUUCAUGCCUGACGCCAAAGACCAAAGAUUUCUAG